GUAGAGUACCUGUAUAAAGUAGUAUACUUUUCAGUUCGGCAAAAAUCAAGCAAAUGUUCUCGUCAGUCCACAUUCUAAUAAAUCCAAAACAGUUGAUAGCUUUCCCUCCAAUUCAGAAUAUUCACCCUCCGUUGCCGCGUCGGAAACUUCAAAAAUUGCCUUGAGAAACUCGCGAAUUCUGUACCAAAUCUACACCACAUAGCUCUACGCAUUGAGUAAUUUCUGCAAAAAUGGAAGAGUAUUUGCAGUGCAUGAAGACCCUGCGCACUCAAAUUAAUGAUGUGGAGGAUCAAGCAGUUAAGACAACAGCCGAGGAGCAAAUGCAAAUCACUACACUGCUAAAUCUCCAAAAUGAUAUUAAAUCAGUGAAAUGUCAGGCAAGCCAUCUCAGAGAGGAAAUUGUGAGGAUACUGGAGAAAAAGGGGCAGAUCUGUUCCAUGAUUUUGGAAAAACAAAGAAAAAAUGCUUCUUUAGAAGCUGAUUCAUCCACCCUCAACCAGACAUCAGAGCUCCUUCAACAAGAAAGAAACAACCUGUCAGCAAAACUUCUACAGCAAAGUGAUUAUUAUGCUAAGACUGUUAAAGAAGUAACUGCUCAGCUAGGAGAACAGCAGGGUUGGAUCAAAGAUUACAAACAGAACUUGUGUGUUGGAGAGAAGGGCCAGGUGAUGGACAAAAUUGGUGAGAAAACUGGUCAAAUUGAAGAGAAUCAGGAUAACAUGGCAGAAAUCCUGAAGAUGAAUUCGGAAGACGCCAAAACAAAGCUUAACCAGCUGAGUGAGCUGAAGUCCAAACUUGUCACGGAGAGCAGCCAGGUAAGGAGAUGUAUUGAGCUUGUGAACUCGAAGAUGAUGGAUGUCAAGACACAACUCAGGGAAAUGGAUAACAAAUCCUUACAAGAAGAGUACCAAGCACUUCUCUUUGACAAAGCUGGAGAGGCAGAGUAUCUGCAGUCUUUACAACUCCAGAUUGCAAAAUUGAUGAGAAUUUCCCACAGUAUCAAUUGUUCUUGUGGAGAGGAGUUCAAGAUAGACAUGGAUCUUUGUGGAUGAAGGUGACCAGGGUCAGGCAAGUACUUCAACUAGCAAGGUGGUGGACUUUCUUCAGUACUAAACAGGUACUUUUGUAAAUAAUGGUCAAGAUAGUUUGAGAAAAAUGGGGAAGAUAAUGCAGCGAAGCUGUUGCAGUUGUUGAGAUGGCAUAAUAAUGUGGUUUGUACUUUGUUGCAGUAGUAUCUGUGUUCUAUGUAAAAGCUACUUAUCAAAUGCUAGUAGAGUUCUGCUUGAAUGAAUAGCAUACACGCGACUGAACUUAAGCUGA